GGUUGCAGUUGCUCUAUAAAGAAUGAAUGCGCUGACAAAAUCAUCACGUGACAGACAUUUAAGUAUCUAGGCGUAUAUUAUAAGAAGAUGGAGCUUGAAGGUAGAAUGGCUUAUGUAUUGAAUUCAAGUCGUAUCGCCAGUACUUGUAUAAUUCGGUUUUUGAGGAAAUGGUACCGAUUGUUAUUUCUUAUAUCUGUUGUAUUUGUGGCGAUCAUCACAUUAUACCACAUGCACACUCUACACACAGAUAUUAACCAGCAGAGAUGGUCGAAUUUGGACAAAGAACCAAAGUCAAUGUCAACAGAAGAUGAAUAUGUUUACACACAUAUCUUGAAAGAAUAUUUUUCCAGCAAAGAUCAUUUCAUCAACGAACUUCCCCGAAAGCUACCACAAAAUGAUUCAAGAACAGCAUGUGUUCAUCCCAAGUUAGAUCCUUACCAUCCUUCCUUAGCUAAAUAUUUCUAUAGCAUUCCCAAAUUGCAGUGUAGCGAAGACGAAAAUUGGGUGUACGUUGACAACGGCACGUUUUAUAUCUCGAAAAAUACUCAGGAAUUAUAUGGUGUUAUUACCUGUGACAUUUACCCAUUACUGUUCCUGGACGAUUGGCAUACCGUCGAAGGUGAAUGCAUCAAAAAUAUCAAAAAUGGAACUUUAUUACUUUCCGAUUUCUUUAGAGCGGAAUGUAACUCAAAUCAUGGACACUCAUAUACCAAUAGACACUUAGGAGUUGCUUUUAAUCCACAGAUACACAAUCGUCUUGACGAACAAAAGCAGCAACAUAAAGGCAUAGAUUUAAAUGUUUUUAUCUUUGGAUUGGAUUCCGUUUCCCGAAUGACAUCCAUAAGAAAACUACCGAAAUCUAGAGAUUAUUUUUUUAACAUUUUAAAAGGAAUAGAAUUAGAAAACUAUAAUAUCCUUGGAGACGGUACAAUUACGGCAAUUGCACCCAUAUUAACAGGUCAUUUAUUGGAAGAGCUAGGGGAGGUUAGAAAAGGUUUCAAGGGAACGACAACAUUUGACGCAAAGCCUUUUAUAUGGAAAGACUUUAAAAAAGCAGGUUAUGUUACUCUUUGGGCUGAUGACGUCCCUGGACUCGGUUGUUUUCAGUACAGGUUUACGGGAUUUCAGAGUCCACCUACAGAUCAUUACCUAAGACCUUUCUAUGUCGCAGCGGAUUAUGAAAUAGAAUUUUGGUUAACGCCGCAUUUAAGGCCAUUGUUACAUUCCUUCCUAAGUUUGUUUAUGAAGAAUCCCCCCAUGUAUCGAUCAUUAUGUUAUGGUUCAAAACCCAAACAUAUUUAUUUUAUAGAAUAUCUUAAAGAUAUGUUCAAAAUGUACGGAUCCAAAAGAAAGUUUAUGUUUGGUUUCCAUAGUGAAAUCAGUCAUGACAAUAACAAUAAUAUCGAAUAUAUGGAUGAAGAUAUUGCUGAGUUAUUCAAAUAUUUAGAAAGCAGUGGACAUUUAAAUGAAACUUUGCUAAUAUUUAUGAGUGAUCAUGGCGCCAGGUUCGAAGCCUUUCGGUCAACCGUACAAGAAGUGUGAUCUUCAACUGAUAUUAUCAAAUGAAAAGAUGGUGUUAUCUACCUUUAAUUAAAUGCACUUAUAUACGUGUUCGAUUAAUGAACAAUUAUUGACGAUUACAUUAAAGUAUAUGUUCAACUAUUCCAUUUGUUGUAAAGACAUCGAAGUUCCUUGAGGUGGUGCCAGUAUGUUUGGGGACAACUUUUAUCUUGAAGCUGAGAAAUGCCACAAUAAAGAGUAUUGUACAAUACACGAGAAGAAAGAAAUAGAAAUUUAUUGUCGUGACUGUAGAGAACUAUGUUGUUAUGUUUGUGCUGAGGUAGAUCAUAAAAAUCAUAAGAAAGCUGAUUUCAAUGCCGUCGAUAGAGAAAUAAGAGGAAUAGUUAAAAAACUGAAAUUGGAAUCAGAAAAGAAGAUCGAGCAACUAAAACAACAUUCUGACUUUUUAAAGACUAAAGUGUGUGAUAUCAACGCCUCGUGUCGGACAUCGUGUGAUAAUGUUGACAAACACAUAAAUGAUAUAUGUGACCAAGUAAAGAAGUUAGGAUGUGACAUUAAAGAUGAUAUCAUCAAAAUCAAAUACGAAGAAAAUAUUAAAAUUACCAAACUAGUAAACGAUGUUGACACGAUGAUAUCUAAAAUGAGAGAAUGGUGUGAAUAUUCUGAUCGUAUUCUACAACAUAGAUCUAUAACCACAACUGUAGAUGAAAACGAAUUAGCAAAUAUUCAGAUAAAAACAGAAUACGACAUAUCAACAUAUGUACAAGUCCCUGUUUUACGACAUUCAUUUUAUCAUAUGGUGGAGAUUGAUGUAGAUUCUUUAAAACAACAAAUUGGUGAUUUCCAAACAAUGAAUGGCCCCACUUUUAUCAGUGGCUUUAAUGUGGACCAGAUGGCAAAGACAGAUGGGUUUUACUAUAGUGAUGAUUUAAUCACACGAGGAAUGUCUUGGUGUGUAAGUGUUGCACAUCGUACAGAUCGUCAAGCAUUAGCUGUUUUCUUGGGAUUGAGAAAAGUAGAAGAUGAAACAAUUUUGGCAACGACAGCAAGUUUUAUAUUAAAACUGUUAAAUAUAAAGAAUGAUGGUAAAUGUAUAACAAUAACAGCUACGGAUGAUACAGAACUAUCACCAUACAUACCCGGUGGUACAGGAUGGGGUUGGUCUAGUGUUAUAGACUGGGACACCUUGAUUAAUCCUGAUAACGGUUACUGUGACGACAGCGGUAUAUUCACAUUACAAAUAACUGUCAACAUAGACAAUAUAGAUCGCCAUUAAUUGAAAUAAUGUAAAACUAAAUAAAACGUUUUAUUGAUGUGUGCGAUAUUAAGAUAGACCGAUUGAUUUUAAUACCAAGUCCGCGAAUCGUUUGCAUCAAAAGGGUCAUUAACAAAGCUUUCGGAAGGAUAUGGUGCGCUAAACUCUGUCAUAAGCUUGAGGCGGCAUGAGGCCGGGGUCAGGGGUCCUUAAGUACUCAAACAAUUAUCUAACUAACAGAAAACAAAGAGUUGCUGUCUCAUGACUAGGUACCUAUAGGGAUAUUUUUUAGAGUUUGUAAUAUAUUUCAUACGAGGUGAGGGGUCGGGUCAUUAACUAUGGCUGUUCCCCCGAUCGGAUUUUAUCUAAUGGAGGUAAUUACAUUUACAUUAUUAUGCGUAAUGAGUUUACUUUUAUAUUGAAGUAGUAAACUCAAGGGCGUAAUUAGAAUUUAUGUUGAAAAUCGAUGUCGUAACCAAGACUAAAGCCGCAUAGGCCUAUUCAUUAAUGGCAUAAUUGGAAUUUACUUUGAAAAUCAAUGUCGCGGUCGACACCAAUGAAAUGCAAAGUCGUUGUUGAGGCCUGGUAGAAACUGGAAUCGAAAUGGAUAUCACUUUUAUGCGCAAUGAGAGUUUACAUCGAAAUCGAAGUAGUGACCCCAGGCGUAAUUAGACUUUACAUUAAAAAUCGAUGUCGUAAUCAAGACUAAAGUCGCGUAGGCCUAUUAAAACUGGAGUUGAAAUGGAUAUGCGU